GGCGAGAAGCCGUUUCUGUGCUCUGUGUGUGGGAAGACAUUUGCACACUCAUCACAUCUUCAGAGUCACCAGAGAACACACACCGGCGAGAAGCCAUUCCUGUGCCCUGCGUGUGGAAAGGCAUUUGCACACUCGUCAACUUGUCAAGACCAUCAGAGAACACAUACGGGCAAGAAGCCAUUCCUGUGCUCUGUGUGUAGGAAGACAUUUGCAAAGUCAUCACAUCUUCAAAGUCACCAGAGAACACACACGGGUGAGAAGCCAUUCUUGUGCUCUGUGUGUGGGAAGGCAUUUGCACGGUCAUCAACCAUGAACAUGCAUCAGAAGAUGGAGCAGAGACGCUCUCCACAGCCCCACGCACACGGAGGCAAGAAGCAAUUCAAUUGCUCUGUGUGUGGGAAGGCAUUUUCACGGCCAUCACAUCUUCAGAGACACAGGAGAACACACACGGGCGAGAAGCCAUUCCUGUGCCCUGUGUGCGGGAAGACAUUUGCACAAUCGACAACUCUUCAAACUCAUCAGAGAACGCACACGGGCGAGAAGCCAUUCCUGUGCCCUGUGUGUGGGAAGACAUUUUCACAAUCGACAACUCUUCAAACUCAUCAGAGAACGCACACGGGCGAGAAGCCAUUCCUGUGCCCUGUGUGUGGGAAGACAUUUGCACACUCGUCACAUCUUCAGAGUCACCAGAGAACACACACUGGUGAGAAGCCAUUCCCGUGCUCUGUGUGUGGUAAGACAUUUGGAAACUCAUCAAAUCUUCAGAGUCAUCAGAGAACACACACGGGCGAGAAGCCAUUCCUUUGCUCUGUGUGUGGGAAGACAUUUGCACAGUCAUCAACCAUGAACAGGCAUCAGAAGGUCCACAAUGAUAGG